CGCAGCUGUCAUGGAGACUGCGGCCCGUGGUCGCAGACGACAGCCGGCCAUGCCAGGAGCAGACGACUCCAUCUAGAAAACGACUUCGUUGGUUUCGUCUGCACCAGCCAGCCCGAAGCAGAGGAUACAGCAGGGCGGUGAAGAGGCCACUGCAGACGAACCUUCAAAAGACCCGGGAAGUCUACCGGUCCGCCAGAGCCCAUGGCCUCCUCCGAUCCACCGUCCGCGGAAGCGUCCGCCUCCUCAGCGGCCGCGCCGACGCCAGGGAAAGCAGUUUCCGGGGGGGCCCAGCUACCGCACGCCGCGACGGCACCCUCGGAGACCGGAGUCGGCAGCUCUUCGGCGCGGAACUCGACCCCGGGACCAUCGAGCACGCCGGCAAGCACGUCGCCGUCUCGUGCGGACGCCGCGGCCCAGGGCGUUGCGACGACGUACGAGAGGGCGAUGUUCGAGGCCUCGCUAAGGAGACUCGUAGCGCAGCAACAGCGCCAUCUGCCGCCGCCGCUCCCACCGUCUUCGUCGCGACAGAGGUCCUCCAGCAUGCCCGAUGUGGCGAGUACGGGUUUGAAGGCCAGCAUUCCUCGCGCCUGCUACUCGGCCAGCGCCAGCGGAGCCUGCUCGCCCAUCGAGUACGAGUCCCCCCCGCCAGGAGUGCGGACACCCGGCCGAGAACCGCACGCCAUCAAGAGCACACUCAGCUACCUGGACCUGGCGGGGCCCAGGAGAGACGGCCGUUCCGAGCUGCCAGAGAGCACGAGCAGCACCGUGACCAAGUUGGCCAGGACGUGGGCGCACGACCUCUCGGCCGACGCCAGGAGGAACAGGACGUUGGCGGGGGUGAGCGCCGCAAGUUCCGGCAGCGCCACUUCCGGUUCGUCCGCGGCGUGCUGCACGCCGGCCAAGGUGGCCAUUGUGGUCCAACUCGAGCUGCUGACAGAUCGGCCGCUCAGGCUGCACCCAUUGACAGGCGCCGGGAGCCAGGGUCCCGACGCCCUUCUGGAGGCCGCGGCGUUCGAGCGUGCCGCCGCCCACAAGCGGAACCGGGCGGUGCCACAGCGGCAGAGCCAGCUCCGGUUCGCCGGUACCACGCGGACCGCUACAGGCGAGGCAGUCGAGUACCGGCCCAGAUCACCUGCCUCUAGUAGCACCACAACGACAGCUGGCAGCAGCGGUUCCACUGAACCAGAGGAGCCUCCCAACUGAGGACAGUACUCGUGGCACUGCCAAACCAUCAGUCGCAGGCAAUUGAUCAUGGUGUUCCCUUUUCCAAGCGAGCCCGUAUGUCAAGCGGUUGCACGUCUCCACCACCCAAGCGCCCUGUGCCGCGUAGCGGCCUAUCCGACACCCGUGAACUGCUGCGAUUCGCACCAAUCUGGACUGCAAAGAGCUACCUGGCACGUGCCAUUUCAGUGCAGCAGCCCAAUUAAGCUGCCUGCACCAAGCACGUGCUACUGUCUUGCCUUGUCAAAAGGAGAAGAGACUACGAAUAGAUUCGUCCACAA